AUGAAAUGUAAAUUUAUAAGUCUCAUAUUUAUAACUUUUUUCAUCAUCACUUCAAAUACAUCGAAUGCUAAACGUAGAGCGCCAAAGGAACAACUGGACGCUAAGAAAAUCAAUGAAGUACUUGAUCACAUAAAACCAAUCAUUUUAGGAUUAAAUGGAAAGAUUAAUAUUACAAGAAUUUUGACUCUUCUCAAGGAAAAUGAAACAAAAGAAAAGCACAAGCUUACUUCAUAUAACACAGGAGACAAGAGCACUCGUGAAGUUAAGAUAUCUGGGAAGAGACCAGAAGACAAUAAAGGUGCUGAUAUAAGUGAUGAUAGCUAUGAAAAACCAAUGAUGAGGAACGGGGAGACCGCUGCCGAAGCUGACUUGCAGUAUGACUUUGAUGAACAGGAUCUAAGAAUUGCGUUAAAGAAAUAA